GAGAGCAUGGGAAAUUUUCAAAUCAGUUCCAAUCAUGGGAAAUUUUCAAAUCACCAUUAGGAUUCCUACCAAUGAAAAAUAGAUUGCGCCUCGUGUCCAAUUAUAUAUUAUUUUAUUACUCAUUAGUGGACUCCAUAUCGAUUCGGAUUUUCAUACCCAACUGCCACGAGUUUUCCAUGUCCGUGACUUUUGUUCGUUUGAACAUACAACGCGUGGCUAUUUUAUUUCCUUUCCGUUCUACCUAUUAGUGGAGUGUGCAUACUUGAAGUAACGUUGAGCUGUGGUGACCACGCUAAUUGAAUCCUUUCUUGAGUGAAAAUUUCCAAUACUCUCUAUCUACAACACGGAAUGUGAACGGUGUUAUUAGACAGUCUAAUAGUGGAAUGCUGUAUUAUGGAGGAGCGCCAGAAAAUGAAUAAUUCAGACGGUUUUAGUGGAAUGGCCGUGAGUCUACGGGAGAAAAUGGUAUCGAUCUAGGAAGAGAAGUUAUCAACAUCAAACUUGGAAUAUCAGCACCUUUAUCGUUUAGUUCUGAAGGGAACAUACAAAAGAAAAUGCCAACGUACUCAACACGUCAGCAGGAAGAGCUAUUGGAAGAGAGUCCCACGUUUGCGAUUGUGCCGACUGAUCACUUCAGAGGAAUUGGAAAGCCGAAUGCCAUUGUGCGCCCUUUGCUGCAUAACAGAGAAGUCAUCGAGGGUCAGCAUAUAAUUAAUUUACACCCCGAUUAUAAGCUGAUACACGACUUGGAAGCACAAAUCAUACGCAACAACACCGCCAAUAAAAUAUCAAAAAGUGAUAAGAACAACAACACAACAAAUACUGCUGCUGCCCCAAUCAAGCGAACCGAUCGUGGAAGGCCCAAUGAGUUCACCAAGGAACUGGACGCUAAACUGAGAAGGCUGCAAACUGAUUCAUCGAAACGUUCGUCCAAAAAUGGAAGUUCUCAGGAUGUCAACACAAAGAAAAAGCCUCUCUUCAUCACGACCGUCCCGAAGGGUGUUUUCCUUCAGCCGAGCAAAGAGCUGCCCAAUAUCGUACCAUCGGCAUCCACCCUGAGACGUUUGUAUGCCUUCGAAAGCCGCCCAAGGAUUCUGACUUCGAACAGUUACAACAAUAACAACAACAACGAUAUCAACCAUCCCAACCACAACCAUCAGCACUUAUGCAAGCAUGGCAGCCAUCAUCAUAAAAAUGCCAUUACUCAGUCCGAGCCAAAUGUGGCAAAAGCGACAGCAGCGUUCGGGACCAACGCCAUGCCGCGUCAAAACAUUGGCAAUCGAAAUACAAGAGACCAUACACACGCCACCUACCAAAAUGUGAUGCACGAUCGAAGAGUCGUCCGUGGCAGUAAUUUCACCUCUAGCAACGUACAUUCGUGGAACCCUUAUUUCGGUUAUGCUGGUCUUCUAUCAGGAAAGGGCGAUGGCGAUAGCUUACAGAAGGAAGCCGAGGCCCGUAGAAGACAGAUAGUACGCAAAAAGCACGUAGCCCGCAAUCAGCGCGGUAUCAUUGGAACUCCGCCUGCCGUACGUGGCCGCAAACAUGAAAAUGUUCAAACCGAAAAGUACCUCGAAGAGAUUUUCAUCCGCCCACCGGAGAUUGAUGCUGGAUGUCAGACGGAUCUCUUCCUGCAUAGACCACCCUCGCCGCCCUACGUGCCUCAGAAGAUUGGUCACGACGUUGGAACGGAAAUCCUUGAUGGUGAACUGUUUGACUUCGACACCGAAGUACAACCAAUAGUGGAAGUCCUCGUGGGUCGCACCAUAGAACAAGCAUUGAUUGAGGUGCUGCAUGAAGAAGAAAUCGCUGAGAUGAAACGCCAACAGCAACAGAUCAUGGCCAUCAGAGAAGCAGAGCUAGCAGAGCUACGUCGGCUUGAGCUAGAGGAUCGUAAAAUACAGGCCGAAAAAGAACGCAGAAUAUUGCAGGAUAGGAUCGCACAACAACUUGACAAGGAGAUGCAAGAACGCAUCACCGCUUCAAAAUUACUCCAGGGUAGAAUCGAUGACCUAUUGCCGGACGUGCUCGAUGCAGUGGAGAACAUCAAGGACGACAAAGAUCGUGAAGAGUUUGAACGUCAAAUAACACCGUGGUUGGCCAAGGAGGUCGCCCUGGAGAUUGGACAAAUGAUUGACUCUAAAGAACUUCUCGAAGACAUAAUCCGUGAGGUACUGAUCCAGAAAAAACAUAACCUUUUUGGUACCCCUACUCCUGAAAUUAAUGAAAAUGAAUCAGAAGCUGGUGAAGAUUCGGAAGGGGAGGAAUCGGAAUCUGAAGAGGAAAUUGAAGCUGUCGAAGAUGUGGAUGCCGAGGACAAGAUGAAAGAAUUAGAAGUUGAAGAGGUCGCUGAACAGGAGGAAAAAGGUGAUUCCGAAAAAGAGUUGUGAUAAGUUUGGCCGUUUCGUAACUAAAUUUUAUAAAAUUCAAAAAAUAUAUUCAACAAAUUCUCAUAAAUUGUAUAUUGUGGUCAAAUAGCAUUGGACACAGUUCAAACAUUUGAAAGCGUAAACGAAGUGAAAUUAUGUUUGUCCUUUAAAAAACCAGCAUGCAAUACAACUGUAAAAUAUAUCAGUAGGUUUGGUCUGUUAGAUUCAUUGUUAAUCAAUAAACAUGAUAUAUUUUUG